AUUUUGAAAUCAGGGACCGGAAGUAGUGUAUUUGCAUUCAGAUUAUCCGGUAACUUCUGUCAUCAAGUAUUCCGGCGAACUAGCCGCCCAAAGACAAACUAAGACUAUAAUUCGGAAUUUAACGGAACAUGGAAGCGAAUAAACCAGUUCAGACCUCAGCUGGACAAACCUCUGGACCAGACGAGGUGGCCAGAAAGGCAGGAGCUGAAGCCAAGGAGGCCAAUCGCCUGGAUGAAGUUCGUCUGGUGGUGUUGGGAUGGAGGUGGCCGGGGAAGAGCUUGACAGGCAACACCAUCUUAGGCAGAGAGGAGUUUCAUUUAGAGCGAGCUGCUGAGUUCUGUGUUACGAGGCAGACUGAGGUGCAGGGACGACAGGUGACAGUGGUGGACACGCCAGGAUGGUUCUCUUCCCAGGAUACUCCGCCUUCCUAUAAACAGGAGUUAGUCAGGGGAGCCUCUCUUUGCCCUCCAGGUCCACACGCCUUCUUGCUCGUCAUCCCCGUUGGCAUGUUCACCGAGGUGGACCGUGCUCGCAUUGAGGAACACGUGAGCCUCUUUGGGGAGGAUGUGUGGAGGCAUACAAUUGUGGUGUUCACCUGGGCGGAUGUGUUGAAGAAAAUCUCCAUCGAGAGGUACAUUCGUAGGGAGGGUAAAGAUCUGCAGUGGUUGCUGGAGAAAUGUAAGCGGAGGUACUUUCUUAUUAACAACUGCAUAUUUGGGGAGAAUCCCCAAGUGGGACACUUAAUAGAGAAGGUGGAGAAGAUGGUGGCAAAAGAGGGUGGGCACUACAAUCCAGAGGAGGCGAAGGAGAAGAAACCUGUAGAUGAGAACCGGAAUUCGUCCAAGGAGGCAGAGGAGCUGGGAGCCCAGCCCAAACAAAACUCUGGAGUGGGUUUGUCAAAAGCCAGAGAGGUGGAGGCGCUUUCAAAUUAACGAGACAUUCAUGGCUGACGGAGCCUCUAACCCACGACUAACGAAGCCUCUUCCUUACUGAUCUGAUGGAAAAGCCGCUGUGUGUUGAGAGGAAAAAAAUGGCAAAAAAAUAGCAAAACAACUGAAAUGUUACUGAAUGUAAAAAUCAAUGUGAUAUAUUUAUUUUAUUUUUUUUAAUCAGUCGUGGACAUUUUUAAGGAGCUCAGUGUGAUAGAGGAGGCCUUUAAGCCCUUUCGUUCAUGUUGUCCAGAGACUUGCUGUCCCGCUUUUACCCAGAAUUAAUUCUGGUUAAUCUUACUAGGUUUGCAAUACGGUCUUGUGGGGGGUGGUGUGAUGAAAUCUCGAACAGAAACACAAGUUGUUACAUAGAUAUUGCCAAAUGUAGUGUGUACACUCCUUACCGGAUACCAAUGGCAGAACUGCACUACUAAAUUGUCCCUGUAAUAUCCUGUUGAUUACUGGUGAGGGGAAUUGCUUUGCAAAUAAUUCCCAUUUGUUGUGACCAAACUGUAAAUGUGUUUCUAAUGUUGCAUUACACACACACACACACACACACACACACACACACACACACACACACACACACACACACUCACACACGUACAUAUUUAAAGCACUUGAGCAGUUACUGUUUUUUUUUUUUUGUUUUGUUUUUUUGUGGUUGUUUUGAUGUGUUGCCUUAGAUGAUAAAGUUGCCUUAGAUGAUUAUCUUGUUGCAGAAGGAUAAUUUAAAGGAAAGAACAACUAUUACUCAAUAUACAGGAAACUUAGGUUUUGGUUUAAAUCAUUUUCCAGCAAAAUAUGAAUUUAUGGUUAAUUAUCUCAUAGCAAAUUCAGUGUCUUUGGGUUUGGGGAAAAGAUUCAAUUUCAAGGUGUUUCCUUUGUUUCUUAUAGAUUUAAGAUUAUGUUUCCAAUAAUCUGAGAGUACAGAAUAAGUAGGUCAAACCGGCUACCAAAACUCGGGUUGAACAACUUGAGGUAGUCUUGAGGAGUUUCCGGUUUCGCCAGAAGUUAAGACAUAGAUUUCCACAGAUGUCUAAAUGAAGCCUAAUGCUUUACUCUAGGAAUGACAGUGGUUUGAGACUGCAGCAUGACCAUAAUUAUUCUGAGCGUUGCAAUGAAGUUGUGAUUUUGUUGCCUUUGAGAUGAUGGUUUCAAAGACAGGGACCAGGUCUGCAACCGCUCACAGUUAGUUGCCGUCCUCAAAGCAUCUUCCUUACAUUUUCCUAACUGCUCUUCCAGUUCAGGGUUUCGGGGGAGGCUGGGCUUAUCCCUGCGGCUACGUACAGUUUGGUAAUAAUUAUUUGAUCCACUGCGAAUUUGUAAGUUUGCUGAGUGGUUUGAGGUCUGCAGACUGGCUAAGCCACUCCAUGGACCUUAAAGUGCUUCUUCUUUAGCUACUUCUUUGUUGCCUUGGUUUUGGGUCAUUGUCAUCCAAGACCCAUCUUCAGUGUUCUGGCUGAGGGAAGGAGGUUUUCGUCCAAUAUUUUAUCGUACUUGGCUCCAUCGGCCCAUCAAUGCAGUGAAAUCAUCCUGUAUGCAUAGCAGAAGAACAGCCCCAAAGCAUAAUGUUUCCCCCUCUGUGCUUUACUGUGGGAAUCAUGUUCUUUGGGCCAUAUUUGGCAUUUCUCUUCCUCCAAACACGGCGGGUCGAGUUGAUGCCAAAGAGCUCCAUUUUGGUUUCAUCUGACCACAGCACCUUCUUCCAAGCCUUCUCUGAAUCAUUUAAUUGUUAACUGGCAAGUUCUAGAUGGGCCUGUACCCUGCAGGUGCUGCAAAAUUUCAAUCCAUUAUGGUGUAAUGUGUUACCAACAGGCUUUCAGAUUCAUCAGGGGAUCAAAAAUCAUUUCCUCUCAGUACAUUUGACUUUGGGAUGAAACUCAUGCAGACACAGGGAGCACAUGCAAACUCAUGCAAAGAACAGUCCCGGCCAAAUGGUGCUAACUACUACACCAUGCUGCUUACUGAAAGAAAAUGCUGACUUGUUUCCUCAGAUGUUUUAUUUUGUGCCAUAAGGAUAUAAACAGUGAUUUGGAAGUUCAGACUGUAGACAUAACUUUUGUUUGUUUACAGGAAAAUGCCUCCGGGCACAGUUAUCUUUUUGUUUGCAGAAAAACACAGCCUGGUUCCAGCAGGGUGUACAAGCAUGAUGUAAGAUUCCCACCUCUUUGUUUUCUAGGUAGUACUACAUUGAUUCAUAGAUUGUAGUACUGUAGGCAGGCCACUUUGGUCUUUUGAGACUCAUUUAGUACCUCUUCAAGGUGAUCUUAAAAUGAUAGAGUCAGCUGUUCUAUACAGGCAUUUAAAUCUUCUUUGAGUAGAUGUAUAACUCCUUUUAUAGUCCACAAACUUUACCCGAGUCCUCAAAUAUUGUCUAUUCUCUCUCUCUCUCUCUCUCUCUCUGAUGUUGAUAGAUUUGCGUUGGAUUAACCUUCAUGCUGUUAGGUAUUACCAGAGAAAGUGUUAGUUUCAAAGUUGGCCUUCAAUCUUUAAUUUUCUUUAAAUGUCACGGGUCAGUCGUCACUUCUGGCUAUAAAUGAGGAGCGUGAGCGAGAUAGAAAACCACGUAUAUACUUAUAUUUAUUUAUAGUAAUGAAUGAGUACAAUAAAAAUAACCACACACUCUCAGAUAUACACUAUACCUGUUUAAUCCAGUUUGGGACAAUACUGACGUGUUGGUUGAAGUUUAAUGCUGAAACCUGAGAUGUACAACAGAUCUGCUGGCAACCAAUCGUAAACAAGCACCUGAGGAGUAGAGAUUACUGACAGGUCAUGCUAGCACAGUCAGAUACAGUUACUGCUACAGAUGUGUGUCACUCUUGAUUUACUGUCUCUUAUGUAAAGAAAAAAAAUUUAAACACCAAUGAGUAUAUGAUUUAAAAAUGUUUUAAAAAAACCUGACUUAGCACAAAUACAUGUAUGUAUGUAUGUAUGUAUGUAUGUAUGCAUACACAGGAUGCUGUAAGAAUCUCCCGAGGCAUGAAAUCCACUUUGUAGCAGUUCUUCUGGAUGCUUUGAUCCUGUUUGAUCUCAGAUGCAUUUCUCACUUAAGCAUGUGAAUCCAGUUACUGCUAAGUAAUUCAUGGACGAAGAGUCACCUCUCUCUAUACUUUGCACUCCCGUUACACUAUAUGGAAUCAGCUGUAAUUAAACUGUCAUUACUUCAAUGAGAGCUACAAUGUCUGUUUUUUCUGUCAAAUAAAUGUAUAUAUUGCAAUCUA